AAAAAGUAAUUUUCAAUUUACAGGCUUUCAAACUAUGAAUAAAUAAAGCACCUACAUGACUUAAAAGCAACCACUGAAGCUGAACCUGUAUGUCAGCCUGACAACAAUCAAGCAAGGGAAAACAACUGAAUAGAAAGCCAUGGCAGCGGAAUUAGACAUAGUGAAUCUGUUUAUAAUUGCUGGGGCAACACUGGCUAUUCCCCUUUUGGCAUUCGUCGCUUCCUUCCUUCUGUGGCCCUCGGCGCUCAUUAAAGUCUACUAUUGGUACUGGAGGAGGACUCUAGGUCUCCAGGUACACUAUGCAGACUGCGGAGGCUACCGCUUCUGUUACUCCUGCCGAGGAAAGCCCGGAAUGAGACCUUCUAUUUUGAUGCUGCACAGCUUCUCUGCUCACAAAGACACCUGGCUCACGCUUGUCAAGUACCUACCAAAACAUCUGCACAUUGUGUGCGUGGACAUGCCAGGCCAUGAGGGAACGACACGCACCAACACAGAAGAUUAUUCCAUUAUGGGCCAGGUCAGGAGGAUUCAUCAGUUCGUGGAAACCAUUCGCUUAAACCGGAAACCUUUCCAUGUGGUUGGGACGUCCAUGGGGGGAAAUGUAGCUGGGGUGUACGCUGCCACCUACCUUUCUGAAAUUUGCAGCAUGACUCUCAUUUGUCCAGAUGGGAUCAAACACCCAUGUGAGACCAAAUUCGAUAAUCACCUGCAAGACCUGGAACGUAGCAAUUACACACUGAAUAUCCCACUGAUCCCAACCACACCUGAAGAGAUGGAGGACAUGUUCAGACUCUGUUCUCAUGUUCGCUUCAAAAUACCUCAGCAGAUUCUUCAAGGACUAGUUGAUGUCCGAGAGCCUCACAAUACUUUUUAUGAAGAAGUGUUUCUCGAGAUUGUUAGUGAGAAAUCCAGAUAUGCCUUACAGGAACACUUGCAUCUCAUCACUGCACCUGUACAGGUGAUAUGGGGCAAACGGGACCAGGUGGUGGAUGUGUCUGGAGCCAUAGUCAUUGCAGAAAUAUUGCCAGGAUGCAGAGUGGACCUGCUGGAGAACUGUGGCCACUCCGUGGUGAUGGAGAGGCCUUGUCGCACAGCCAAACUCAUUCUAGAGUUCAUUAUCCUGCAGCAAGAAGCAAGAGGCGGCACAAAGAAAUCAUCUUGAAAUCAAAUUGGUCUUUGUGUGUGCAUGUGCGUGCCACUUAACUGGUUCCGUAUUUAAUUACAAAUAUAAAGAAACUAAGUUGAUCAAAGUUAGUGUACUGUGGUGGUUGAUUUGAGUCUAGAGAACUUUGUGCAGUAGUCAGUCAUGGCAGUAAAGUUGGCUUCAGUCAUUUUCCAAUUCUAUAUGGGACGACAUACUCAAUCUCAUGUGUUGUAUGACAGAUUAUUGCAAUGUUAGUAAAUGAGUCAACCUA